UAUAGUCUACUUUCGCAUUAUUUAAUUCGUAUAUUUUGUUUUAGCAUGUCGAGCUCAAAUCGAAGUCGUACACUUUUAAAAGGGUCUUUGAUAAAAGAGGACUCACCCGAGGAUGGAUUGUAUUCGCUGGAAAAAUUACGCACGUCCCCCGAAUUGUGGCCUGAAAAAAUUCCUGGUAUAAGUAAUUUUAUAGCAAUGAGUGACACUCCUAUACGCACCCCGGUACCGCAGUGGUCCAAGGAUCUCUCACAGGAGGACAUAAAUGCCAUGAUACAGCUUAGCAAUAUGCCCUUCAGUAAUCUAAUAAUGGAAAUAAAGAAAAUGUACGAUGAAGCCUAUCAAUUGGGUGUAUCGGAGGCCAAGGAAAUGACACGCGGCAAAUACUUGGGUAUUUUUAACAAUGCCAAAAAGAAAUCCAUAUGAUUUCAAACCACAUUUAAUUUUAGUUUGGGUUAAAUAUUUGUAAUAAUUUUAAAAAUAAUAAAUUUACAUAAAAUAGUUUUAAUUGUGCAAACACUGAUAGAUUUAAAUGAGUACAAAUGCAUUUAUAAAAAAAAAAAUAAACAAUGAAAAUGAGAGACUUGUAAAACUUAAAUAAAACGUGAAUGCUUUGAAAAUCA